GUGAUCACCAUUCAAACAAACACCCCCCCUCCCCCUGCGCGCGGGUCUGGCCCGCCCCGUCCCCCAGGGGCCGCAUAUAAACGCGCUCCCCGGGCCAGGCUCGCUGCGAAGGACUUUUGGGCUGUGUGUGCGACGCGGGUCGGAGGGGCAGUCGGGGGAACCGCGAAGAAGCCGAGGAGCCCGGAGCCCCGCGUGACGCUCCUCUCUCAGUCCAAAAGCGGCUUUUGGUUCGGCGCAGAGAGACCCGGGGGUCUAGCUUUUCCUCGAAAAGCGCCGCCCUGCCCUUGGCCCCGAGGACAGACAAAGAGCACCGCAGGGCCGAUCACGCUGGGGGCGCUGAGGCCGGCCAUGGUCAUGGAAGUGGGCACCCUGGACGCUGGAGGCCUGCGGGCGCUGCUGGGGGAGCGAGCGGCGCAAUGCCUGCUGCUGGACUGCCGCUCCUUCUUCGCUUUCAACGCCGGCCACAUCGCCGGCUCUGUCAACGUGCGCUUCAGCACCAUCGUGCGGCGCCGGGCCAAGGGCGCCAUGGGCCUGGAGCACAUCGUGCCCAACGCCGAGCUCCGCGGCCGCCUGCUGGCCGGCGCCUACCACGCCGUGGUGUUGCUGGACGAGCGCAGCGCCGCCCUGGACGGCGCCAAGCGCGACGGCACCCUGGCCCUGGCGGCCGGCGCGCUCUGCCGCGAGGCGCGCGCCGCGCAAGUCUUCUUCCUCAAAGGAGGAUACGAAGCGUUUUCGGCUUCCUGCCCGGAGCUGUGCAGCAAACAGUCGACCCCCAUGGGGCUCAGCCUUCCCCUGAGUACUAGCGUCCCUGACAGCGCGGAAUCUGGGUGCAGUUCCUGCAGUACCCCACUCUACGAUCAGGGUGGCCCGGUGGAAAUCCUGCCCUUUCUGUACCUGGGCAGUGCGUAUCACGCUUCCCGCAAGGACAUGCUGGAUGCCUUGGGCAUCACUGCCUUGAUCAACGUCUCAGCCAAUUGUCCCAACCAUUUUGAGGGUCACUACCAGUACAAGAGCAUCCCUGUGGAGGACAACCACAAGGCAGACAUCAGCUCCUGGUUCAACGAGGCCAUUGACUUCAUAGACUCCAUCAAGAAUGCUGGAGGAAGGGUGUUUGUCCACUGCCAGGCAGGCAUUUCCCGGUCAGCCACCAUCUGCCUUGCUUACCUUAUGAGGACUAAUCGAGUCAAGCUGGACGAGGCCUUUGAGUUUGUGAAGCAGAGGCGAAGCAUCAUCUCUCCCAACUUCAGCUUCAUGGGCCAGCUGCUGCAGUUUGAGUCCCAGGUGCUGGCCCCGCACUGCUCGGCAGAGGCUGGGAGCCCCGCCAUGGCUGUGCUCGACCGAGGCACCUCCACCACCACCGUGUUCAACUUCCCCGUCUCCAUCCCUGUCCACUCCACGAACAGUGCGCUGAGCUACCUUCAGAGCCCCAUUACGACCUCUCCCAGCUGCUGAAAGGCCACGGGAGGUGAGGCUCUUCACAUCCCAUUGGGACUCCAUGCUCCUUGAGAGGAGAAAUGCAAUAACUCUGGGAGGGGCUCGAGAGGGCUGGUCCUUAUUUAUUUAACUUCACCCGAGUUCCUCUGGGUUUCUAAGCAGUUAUGGUGAUGACUUAGCGUCAAGACAUCUGCUGAACUCAGCACAUUCGGGACCAAUAUAUAGUGGGUACAUCAAGUCCAUCUGACAAAAUGGGGCAGAAGAGAAAGGACUCAGUGUGUGAGCCGGUUUCUUUUUGCUCGCCCCUGUUUUUUGUAGAAUCUCUUCAUGCUUGACAUACCUACCAGUAUUAUCAUUCCCGACGACACAUAUACAUAUGAGAAUAUACCUUAUUUAUUUUUGUGUAGGUGUCUGCCUUCACAAAUGUCAUUGUCUACUCCUAGAAGAACCAAAUACCUCAAUUUUUGUUUUUGAGUACUGUACUAUCCUGUAAAUAUAUCUUAAGCAGGUUUGUUUUCAGCACUGAUGGAAAAUACCAGUGUUGGGUUUUUUUUUAGUUGCCAACAGUUGUAUGUUUGCUGAUUAUUUAUGACCUGAAAUAAUAUAUUUCUUCUUCUAAGAAGACAUUUUGUUACAUAAGGAUGACUUUUUUAUACAAUGGAAUAAAUUAUGGCAUUUCUAUUGAAA